ACGCGAGGCCAAAGCAGCCCUCAAACUUUUCUCAAACAUUCUCCUCCAAAUUUAAUUGCAGAGAGAGAGAGAGAGAGAGAGAGAGAGAGCUCAAAUCAUAUUGUUGGAGUUGGGUUUGAAUUAAACUGGAAAAUGAAAUGAGAGGAGGGGAGGUGGGAGUAUUUAAUGUGGAGAGGUAAGCAAAGCAGGAAGCAUUAAAUGCAGAAAUGUACGUAUUGAGUGCCCAUAUUAAAUGAAAGCAUUUGAUGGGUUGCCAAGCCAUUUGCUUCUUUCGUAUUUCUAUCACUCCUACAACUACUGGUAGUUGAGAGGAGGGGAGUUGUUGAAGGAAGCUAUUUCUUUCUCCUGCCUUUGGUUUUCUCCCUGCUUUAAUCUCUCUCUCUUCUUCUUUUUUCUUUUGGGUCUUUUGAUUUGAUUCCUGGGCACCAUUUUCUUUCCCUCUUUAACCUUUCAAUUCCCCUUCAAAGACUAAAUCUUUAUAUGGUUUGGUUCAAAGAAUCAAAGACUUGAACAGCAGAUGUGUUGUGGGAAUUCUGAGUUUUGAAUCUUUUUUUCUGGGAAAAUAUUGGGUUUUGUUUACUUUAUGGGUUUUCAAAAGUUGGAGAUGUUCUCUGUGAUCACAUUUGAUGAUGAUUAUUAAAUGUAGAAAUUUAAAGUGAAGGCUCCAAAAUUUGAGUACUUUUCAAAUUUCAUAGACCCCUUUUGCUUUCAGACUGGUUAGCUGAUUCUGGGCAGCAGUGAUCAGACUGAUUUUAGAGAGAGAGAGGAGAGAGAGAUUGAUAUGCAUCUUUCAGUAUGGAAGCCAAUAUCCCACUGUGCAGCUCUACUAAUGGAUAAGAAGACCAGAAGGAGGAGAGACAACGGUUCUGGUUUGGCUGUCGACGCCAAGCGGAAGCCGUCGGUUCUCCGGCAGCUGCAAGAAAAUAGGCUCCGGGAGGCUCUUGAGGAGGCAUCAGAAGAUGGGUUGCUUUCCAAAUCCCAAGACAUUGAUUAUGACCAGACCCCAAAUCAAGACGGCAGCUUUGGACGGUCGAGAUCCCUCGCCAGGCUCCACGCCCAGAAGGAGUUUCUGCGCGCGACGGCGCUCGCCGCGGACCGGACAUUCUCCACGGAGGAUUCAAUCCCUCACCUCCGUGAAGCCUUCAACAAGUUCCUGACAAUGUACCCAAAAUUCCAGUUUACUGAAAAGAUUGAUCAUUUGAGGGCAGAGGAGUACAGUCACCUCUCUGAAUCGCUUGCAAAGGUAUGUCUUGAUUACUGUGGUUUCGGGUUGUUUUCGAAUCUUCAAACUGAACUGUAUUGGGAAACAUGUUCGUUUACAUUGUCGGAAAUAACUGCGAAUUUGAGUAACCAUGCUCUCUAUGGAAGUGCUGAGACAGGCUGUGUUGAACAUGACGUAAAAACUAGGAUUAUGGAUUACUUGAACAUCCCCGAAAACGAAUAUGGUCUUGUUUUUACUGUCAGUAGAGGGUCUGCAUUUAAAUUGCUAGCUGAAUCGUACCCUUUCGGCACGAAUAAGAAGCUGUUGACAAUGUUUGAUCAUGAGAGCCAGUCUGUGAACUGGAUGGCGCAGAAGGCGAAAGAGAAAGGUGCCAAGGUUUAUAGCUCAUGGUUCAAGUGGCCAACAUUGAAGCUUUGCUCUAGGGAGCUGAAGAAGCAGAUUGCAAACAAGAAGAGGAGGAAGAAGGAUUCUGCAACCGGGCUCUUUGUGUUUCCGGUUCAGUCAAGAGUGACUGGGGCGAAGUAUUCGUAUCAGUGGAUGGCACUUGCUCAACAGAACAAUUGGCAUGUUUUGCUUGAUGCGGGGUCAUUGGGUCCUAAAGACAUGGAUUCACUAGGGCUGUCGCUCUUUCGCCCGGAUUUCAUUAUUACAUCAUUUUACAGGGUGUUUGGGUCCGACCCAACUGGAUUUGGUUGUCUUUUGAUUAAGAAAUCUGUAAUGGCGAGCCUGCAAAGUCAAGGUGGGCGGACUGGGACUGGAAUUGUGAGGAUUCUUCCGGUUUUUCCUCAGUGCCUGAGUGAUUCUGUGGAUGGUCUUGAUGGAUUGGGUGGAAUUGAGAAUGAUGCAGUCAACUGUAAUGAAGAAUUAGUGCCUGAAACACAUGGGGAGUCUCAUAUGCCUGCUUUUUCAGGUGUGUUCACUUCCAAUCAGGUGAGGGACUGCUUUGAGACGGAGAUGGAUCAGGACUCGGACAGGGAUGGUGCGGAGAGCAUUUUGAUUGGGGACGUUAUGAAGAGUCCAAUCUUCAGUGAGGAUGAGUCAUCAGACAAUUCAUACUGGAUUGAUUUGGGUCAGAGUCCAUUCGGUUCUGAUCAUUCCGACCAACACACAAGACUGAAAACAGGUUCGCCCUUGCCACCAACAUGGUUUUCGGGGAGGAAAAUCAACAAGAUUUUCUCUCCGAAAGUAACACCAAGGCUGCCAAAGAGCCCAAUAUAUGAUGAUGAUAAAGGGGCAAACCUCAGAGUGCAUGAAGAUCCUGUUUUGUCUUUCGAUGCUGCUGUGUUAUCGGUGUCACAUGAGCCGGACCGUGUUAAGGGAAUUCCUGAAGAAGAGAUGUUUGCUGAAACAGAUGCCGCCUCAGGAAAUGGUAGGGAGAUUCAAGAAGAACCUGAAAUCCGGGAAGAUUCAAUGGCCAACAAUUCUAAGCUGCUUUCUACCGAAGAUGGAUUCAGGCUGAACAAUCAGACUUCUGGUCUUAAACACAGCAACUUUGAGAAUUCCUCAACCUCCGAAAUUUUCCAAGAAUCAAAAGAUAGUGCCAUCAGGAGAGAGACAGAGGGUGACUUCAGACUUCUAGGAAGAAGGGAAACAAAGAGAUUUUCUGGUGGUAGAUUUUUCGGUUUAGAAGAAGGUGAUCGAGAGCCAAGCAUGGGUCACAGGUUGUCUUUUACCAUAGAAGACGACCACAGAGGAAAAUCGAGCCUUAUUUUGGAGCCUGGAGAAACAUCCAUGACUAUCCUUGGGGACGAUGAGUUCAUGAGUGAAAGAGAAUAUGGCGAUGAGCAGGAGUGGGAAAGGCGGGAGCCUGAGAUAGUUUGCCGUUAUCUUGAUCAUGUCAAUAUGUUAGGCCUGAACAAAACUACCCUCAGACUGCGAUAUCUCAUCAAUUGGCUAGUCACCUCACUGCUUCAACUUCGGUUACCUGGUUCAGAUGAAGGUGCAGAAGUGCCUCUUGUGCAGAUAUAUGGUCCUAAGAUCAAAUACGAAAGGGGUGCCGCUGUGGCUUUUAAUGUCAGGCAAAGCAGCGGAAGAGGGCUAGUUCACCCCGAAGUCGUACAAAGAUUGGCCGAAAAGAAUGGCAUAUCUCUCGGCGUUGGCAUCCUUAGCCAUGUCCGAAUUGUGGAUGGCCCAAAGCAGCAACAUUGCGGGGCACUUGAUCAGGCAGACGCAUCUUUGUGCAAGCCAAUGGUUAACGGGCGCCAAGGCGGUAAGAACAUGUUCUUUAGAGUCGAAGUUGUGACAGCAUCGCUCGGAUUCUUGACCAACUUUGAAGAUGUAUAUAAGAUGUGGGCUUUUGUUGCCAAGUUACUCGAUUCGUCGUUUGCUGAAGUCGUACUGGAUGAAUUAUCGUCGGUAGAGGAGUCCGAAAUGUAACACUUGUAAAGUAAAUUACAUGGAUGAUUUUCUCUGUUUUUGAAGAAAAGGAAGUGAAAGAAAGGAUGCUAGCUUUUGUAUGGUCUAUUCUUUUUUAUCCUCAGGAGAGUUUCUUGUGAGCAAAUUAAUUUGUUUAUUUUGUUGUCAAUUUUUAAUUUUUAUUGUAAUUUUUGUGUUUCUGGUGUUAUCACGUGUCUUGUAAAAGUUCAAAUACAUGACAAUACAACAAAUUUGAGACGUCA